GGAAGGUGUAAAAAUGGAGGAUUCUCAGGUCAAAGAGUGUGAAAACGACAACAAUACACAGGAAGAUACUCAAAAUCUCAAAUGGAAGAAUCUGAGCAAAACAACAAAGACAUGGAAUUUGCACCUGCCCUUACUUCCAUCCACCCGAUGCCGAACUCAGUUGCAGUCUCUUGAGUUCAGUUCCAGUCUCCUGUAAGCUUUUAUCUUCCCUUCUCUUCUUUUAAUUUCCUCCAGUCAUAUUUAGUUGACCUAUUGGUCUCCCAAAUUCCGAAAAGAAAUGAAGAUUGUUUUAAAAGAAAAUAUUGGGCGUUGGCGGAGAAGAUUGUGCUAUGAGUUUGGUGGAUGCGUCGAGCGGGGCUUCGAGUUAUUAAAUAUGAAGCAAAUGGGAAACUCUUUGUAUCUGCUGGAAAUGACAAGCUGGUCAAGGUUUGGUCUGCCGAGUCCUGGCGCUGUAUUGCUACUGUGUGUUCUGAGAAGGGAGCGAGUGCACUUGCUAUAAGGAAUGAUGGUCUUCAUGUCUGUUUGGCUGACAAAUUUGUAGUUGUUUGGGUGGUGAAUCUUUCAGGAGUUGGUGGAACUCGAAGGUCCUCAUAACGAGAAGGCAGUGCCAUUGCUUGCUUAUUAUUGUACUAUCAUUACUAGCCUGGUAAUUGAUUAUAUUUUUUAUUUUUACAAUUUUUGAUAAAUUUAUAACUUUUAUAAUUUCUAUAUAUUUUUGAAUUUUUAAAAUUUUUAUCAUAUAUCUUUAAAUUUUUUUAUAAUUUCAACCCAA